AAGCAGCAUCAUCAUGCCGGAAUCUCUCUUUGUCGGUGUCGACGUGGGCAGUGGUAGUGCCAGGGCUGGACUCUUCACCGCCACCGGAAGCUCUUUGGGUACAUUUUCCGUGACAAUUCCCACUUGGGCUCAUCUCCAUGAUCACUACGAGCAAUCCUCAGAGGAAAUCUGGAGUGCUGUCUGUCGGUGUGUUAAGCAGGUUGUUAAGGAAUCUGCCCAUUUGGUGCGAGGGAUUGGCUUUACAGCCACCUGUUCCCUCGUUGCGCUCCAAGAUGAGGACAAAGCACUCUCAGUCUGCCCCUCACAGGGUAUCGAUAAGAGGAACAUUGUCAUGUGGAUGGAUCAUCGAGCUGUCCAGGAAGCCAGCGAUAUCAAUGCCAAGAAGCAUGAGCUGCUGAAGUUUGUUGGUGGAAGAGUUUCCGCUGAGAUGGAAUGCCCAAAAAUUCUCUGGCUCAGUCGAAAUGCUCCAAAGGAGUUCUGGGAGAAAAUCACCAAAUUCAUGGAACUUCCGGAUUUUCUCACAUUCAAAAGUACCGGAAAUCUUGCCAGAUCCCUCUGUUCUGUGGUUUGCAAAUGGAACUAUGACGGGGAGAAGCGUUCAUGGGAUCGUGAAUUCCUCGAAUUAGCUACCCUUUCCUGCCCACAUGGGAGAGAUUUUGUCUCCCUCGCUGGUGAUGCGGUUCAACUUCCCGGUGCAGCAGUUGGUGGUGGCUUAACGUCUACUGCAGCAAAAGAUUUGGGUCUCCUCGUGGGUACUCCCGUUGGGACGUCUGUCAUUGAUGCCUAUGCUGGCGCUCUUGCACUCCUGGGUGCCGAAACGGAAGCAGGGAUUGAGCUUCAGGAAAAAAUUGCCCUAAUUUGCGGAACAUCAACGUGUCACAUUUGCGUAGCUCCACAAAUAGACCUUGUUGGAGGUGUCUGGGGUCCAUACAAGGAUGUCCUCUUUGACGGGAUGUACGCCCAUGAGGCUGGACAGAGUGCUACGGGAAAACUCCUUGAUGACAUUGUCACAUCUCAUCCAUCUUUUGUUAAAAUCACAAAUGAGCUCAAUUCCACGGAGCUUCGACACGUCUACGAGCACCUCAAUCACCUCCUGGAGCACCUGAGCCAGGAGAAGAACAUUCCACUUGAGCAGCUCACGGAAGAUCUUCACGUCUGCCCGGAUUUCCACGGGAAUCGUUCCCCAAUUGCCGAUUCAACGCGCAAAGGGAUGAUUUCGGGAUUAACUCUCAAUCACGAACCCACGGAUUUGGCUCUCAUCUACCUGGCCACCGUGCAAGCCCUCGCUUACGGCACAAAGCACAUCCUGGCACAAUUCUCCCGGGAAUUUCGUGCAAUCCUCAUCUGUGGCGGCCUCAGUCUCAAUCCCGUCUACGUGCAGGCACACGCAGACGUCUGCCGGGUACCCGUAUUCAUUCCCAAUGAACCUGAAAGUGUCCUCCUUGGCGCCAGUAUCCUGGGUGCCUGUGCAGCUGGGGAAUUUCCAUCACUUCCCGCAGCUGCAAGCAAAAUGGGCGGAAAAACCCAAAGGGUUGACCCCGAAGACGCAACAUUCAGGUACCAUGAGAAGAAAUUCAGGGUCUUUGAGGAAUUACUAAAGGAUCAAGCAAAGUACAAGGACCUUAUGAAGGGAUAAAACGAAGAAAACAUUCAAUUAAAUUUUAAUUUAAAUGAUUUAAAUUAAAAGAAAAUCAAUUAAAAAUCAUUCCAGAGGGCUGUAGAAUAAUUUAAGAAUUAUUAUUUGUUAAUCAUUUCCAAUUAAAUCAGGGAUUAGGGUGAAUUAUUUUCUUUUAAUAAAUCGUUUUAAAAU